CACGUGACUCCUCAGCUGGCCACACCCCCUCCGCUAAGUGAAUUCCUGUGAGAAGGUAUAACGUUAGAAGCGUUUGUGAUUUCUUCAUAUCAUGUGUUAGGAUGUGCGCUCCUCCUCAAGCCUAUAAUGUAAAGGAGCCACCGGAGCUGCUGGCGGAGCUGAAAGCCGCUCAUCGGCCGCGGCUGUACGGGACGCCGGACUGCGAGACCUGGAGCGCCCGCUUCUCUCCGGACGGCUCAUAUUUCGCCUGGUCGAUGGGAUUCGGGGUUAUCAAACUCCUCCCCUGGCCGCUGACAACCAGAGAUGCUGAAUCUUGCUGCAGUAAGGAGAAGAUACUAAACUGCAGGUUUCUGGUGUGGGCGCUGGCGUUUGGACCCUGCACAUCCACGCGAGUGGAUUCUGCACACCAGCACAGACGAGAGCAUGAGCUGCUGCUGGCUGCCGGUCUGCACAACGGCUCCAUCCAAGUGUGGCUCGUCUCUACCGGAAACCUGCAGUUUACUCUAACCGGACAUCAGGCUCCUGUGAGGGAUUUGGUUUUUGCUCCAAAUGGAAGUCUUACACUUAUAUCAGCUUCCCGGGACAAAACCUUAAGGAUAUGGGAUCUGGGAAAGAAAGGCGCCAGUCCUCAUGUGCUGCGGGGUCCAAACUACUGGGUGUUCAGAUGUGCUGUAUCGCCUGACAGCAGUGUCAUCGCCUCUGUCUGCAACCUCGACUCUAAGGUGUAUUUGUGGAGCUUGCGGUCCUACACCUUCAUGAAGCACCUCACAUACGAUCACGAGCGCACCAUGGCUUCAUGUGACUUCUCUCAGGACGGGGCGCUGCUCGCCAUUGCUUCCUAUCAUUCAAACACCGGCUGGUGGCUGGACCUGUGGGACCCCUACACUGCAGACCUGCUGACCAGAGUCCAAGACUGUGAGGUGUGUGCUUACAGAAGUGAUAAUCUGCUGACGUCUCUCAGUUUCUCUCCUGUUGCUCUGCUGCUCGCUUUCAAAGACUACAGGGCGUUACAGAUCUGGGAUGUGGAACGAGAUAAACUGGUCGCAGACACAGAUCACAAUCGGGCCGGUGGCGUGUGCUGUGCUUUCCAUCCACAAGGGGGCGUCAUCGCUACAGGGUGCAGAGAUGGACAUGUGAAGUUCUGGAAAGUUCCUCAUCUCGUCCCGAGUCUGAGACAUCUGUGCCGUGUUGCCCUGAGAUUCUCCAUUUCCACCUAUCAGGUGGAGGCUCUUCCCCUGCCAACAAAAAUCCUGGAAUACCUUACUUACAGGGACAUUCCCAAGCAAAAGAUUCUAUAUUGUAAAGAACACGGCAGGUGACUGAAAGCAAGUCAUGUAUGAGAAUCAAAUUUCACUUUAAAUGCUCGGAUGCCUAAUUUCCCCAGAACAAAAUGAUGCUAUACUUGAAAUUUUUAUUUAAAGACAUUUAUUUUCUUUACACAGCCAAUUUGAAAAUGACACAUUUCUUUAACAAAGUACUGAAAUGUGCUUCAUUUCAAGCAGAACAAUUUAAUUUCAACAACAUUACAGAGUUCUGAGCAAAACUGUGGUCAAAACUACAUGAGGUUAUUAAAGGAAUAAUUCAUCCAAAACUGAAAGUCAUUCACUUCUUCCAAACCUGUUUGAGUUUUUUUUUCAACGGUUGAAUACAAAAUAUAUUUUGAAGCGAGCCAGAAACCUGUAACCAUUGACAUCCAUAGGAUUUAGUUUUCCUCCUAUAGAAGUCAAUGAUUACCGCUUUUCAAGCUUUCUUCAGUGUAUCCUCUGUUCGUUCAACAGAACAAACAAAGUCACAGAGGUUUAGAACUGAAUUGAGUAAAUUUUCAUUUUUGGGUGAACUAUCUCUUAAUCUCAUGACAUCAAAGAUCUACGUUUCAAAGUUGGAAACCAAAUGAUCUAUCCAUCGCUGACGACUAUGUCUCUAACAGCCUGGAAAGCAGCGACCAUUGAGCUCAGCUGAAUCUUCUCGCUGGUUCCAGAGGCCAGACGGUACCUUAUUGUCGAGAAAGGG